AUGGCUACGACGGGCCGCCGCCGCCGGAUGAGGUCGCUGAGGCAUAUGCCCUGCUUAAUCUUCCGCUUAGUGCCUUGCGAAGCGACGUGCAACGCCGCAGUCGUGUCCUUGCUCGUGAGUCAGAGCAGCCCGGCUCUUUCGCCAAUUGCAAAAUGCCAAGGAGAGAGUUCUGUCCUGGCUGCGGCAGAGCAGUUUUCCAGUAUUGGAUGGGCAGCAGCCACAGAGAAGACGAACUGGUCGGAUGACUCACCCUGCUUGGACAGCGCUGACGAGUGCGAUGAGGACUGCAGGCCUCCUGAGGUUAUGUUCGGCGAGGCCGGAGAUGUCAAUGCAGAUUUUGAGCAAGACGGAUCUGGCAGUGAGUUGGAGCAAGAGGACCAGAAGGCAGCCUGCGUCUACAGAGGACGAGGGGACUCGCCAGACACUCUAUCCAGCAGUGAGGAGAGUGCAGAGGAAAAGGCGGAGACUGCCCUGGCACUGCGGAGCAGGGGCAUCAUUCGAACAGAGGAGAGCAGAAUUGCAAGGGCUCGGCUCAUAGCGAAGUCCUGUCGCAGCUUACAAAAGUACGGCCUGCCGAGAACAGCAGGAGCAGCAGUUGACAGACUCGACGGCCAUCAAGGUGAGCCAUCCGAAGCUCUUCCCAGCCCUACGCCCUACUCACGGCGCUGCAGUGCUGCAGGGUCCACAUGCCAAAAUGAGACCUCCGUGUGGCAGCUGCUGGAAGCUGCAUUGGCUGAUGCCCAUCACGGCUUCAGCCGAUUGAGAUAUGGUGCAUGGUGUCGCUCCGAUGCCGAAUCAGUCUUGGACUGUUCCAAAAGAAGCAAGUCGUGGAUCAGCUCUUUGGGCAAGCUUCCUAGUGGUGGAUUGAACCAGGAAUUUCUAGCAGCCUGUGGUACGGACAUCGGGGAUCUCAUAGAAUCCCGGGCUGCGACCCGCCGACCUGCCCAUGUGCGGACGGAAGGGUCCAGAAAUGUCCAGAACAUUCCAGGUAUCGUUCCUGGAAACAAGAGCCUUGCAGGGGUUCACGUGCCAAGCUGUGCGUUCAAUGAGCGAGUGCAGCGAGCUGUACACCUGGACCCUGUGCAGCACGAGAGCCUCUCCUACCUGGUCUUUGAUUCCCUGGGCAGCAUUUGUCCGGAACAACUGCGAGAGGUUUGUCGCAGCAUCCAGUCCUUUCACGAGGAUCUAGACAGGGAUGGCGCCGAUGCUCUCGGCGCAGCCUUUGGCAUGCAAGGUAUCCUUUGUCGUGUGCCGGAGUAUGUCGACUCGAUCGCGCAGGUUAGCCAAAGCCUCAUGUGGGGGAAGGCCGUCAUUGAAGAGACCGCUGCCGAUGUAGCUGCUGCUGCCUCCUGGGACGCUGUCGCUGAAGGUUGUGGAAGGCAAUUCCGCAUGCUCUCAGCAGUUGCAGAGAAGCCGUCGAGCCAUUGGUCCCGAAGGAACCAAGACCGAGCUUUGCUUAAUGGACUGCAGCAGCUGCCCAUGAUCACAGCUAGUGAAGUGACAGAGAUGGAGGGCGAUCGGCUGCGGCCUGAGCCCGAGUCUUUGACCUCCUUUGGCACAUCGUGGAGCUGCAAGCGAGGGCAUCGAAGGCCGCAAGCAAAAUGCCGCGGGGCGGCUGAUGAGUUACUCCAUGGUGCAGCAAAUCCUGCAGCCGAAGUCGCUUUUGCAGGAUCUACACUUCAGGUAGUAGGCAUUUUAGCCUGUAAGGACGGACCAGCGGAGGAUAGGUUAUCCAGAUCUAUUGAGUCCGCGCGCGCUGCUUUUGCAGAGCUUUGGGACGGUGGCAAUCCGGACUUGGAACCUGCCACAGCUUCAAUGAAAGAGGCCCUUCAAUCCAGUGAUUGUAGCUGCUGGAGCCAGGCAAGUUCCUGCUUCCGGAGAUCUUUGAGCGCAUGUAGCUUUGCUGCUUGCGAGUUCGCCUUGCUGGUGAUGAAAUGUUCUUCAGGCACGGAGUCGUGGCUGCAACCCGCCAAAAGGCUGGAGGCCCUGAGCACCGCUCUGAGCAGCGCAGUGCAGGCUUUGCAUGAAGCGCCGGAUGACUUUGUGCCGCCACCUCGCUGCGACAACGGCGACGGCGACGACGGCACCAGUGACAAGGGUCGGUGGCGCCCUUUCGUCGUGGGUUCCUUUGGACAGGCUUGUCUAGGCUCCAUGCUGACCUGUCUUCUGAUUCUGAUCCCCGUAGCGGUGUGGAGCACCCAAGUGCUCCCCAAAUCUGGGUCCAAGAAAGCGAAGGCUGGCCAGGAAGACCUUCAUGCCUGCAGAACAGCUCUGAAGGACUUUCUUCAGGCCUUACUUCGUGCUACAGAGCUGCAGUCAGACGCGGUAGCAGCCGCAAAGAAGGAUGCAAGCGAGUUGCUGCCACAGCGCCCCUCGACUGUCGCCGCGAGCCUGUCGGGUCCUGCGCUGGAACAGUUCGAAGCGCUUCGAACCGAGAUGGAGGCAGCGAUCCUUGAGACGCAGCGAAAGCAACUCAAAGGAUUGGGGGACAUGCUGGGACAACGCUCAGCGCUCUUGAAAUCUCGUGGUGCUUUCAAAGUUUGA